AUGGAGCAAGACAUCUCCAGGCGAAGACAAAACAAAGACAAAGCUCGCAACAUAUCUCCAGACGAAGACAAAGUUCGCAAAACAUAUCUAGACAAAGACAAAAAUCGCAACACAUCUCCAGACAAAGGCAAAGUUCGCAAAACAUAUCUAGACAAAGACAAAAAUCGCAAAACAUCUCCAGACAAAGACAAAGCUCGCAACACAUCUCCAGACAAAGACAAAGCUCGCAACACAUCUCCAGACAAAGGCAAAGUUCGCAAAACAUCUCUAGACAAAGACAAAAAUCGCAAAACAUCUCCAGACAAAGACAACGCUCGCAACACAUCUCCAGACAAAGACAAAGUUCGCAAAACAUCUCUAGACAAAGACAAAAAUCGCAAAACAUCUCCAGACAAAGACAAAGCUCGCAACACAUCUCCAGGCAAAGGCAAAGUUCGCAAAACAUAUCUAGACAAAGACAAAAUUCGCAAAACAUCUCCAGACAAAGACAAUGUUCGCAACACAUCUCUAGACAAAGACAAAGUUCGAAAAACAUCUCCAGACAAAGGCAAAGUUCGCAAAACAUCUCCAAACAAAGACAAAGUUCGCAAAUCAUAUCUAGAGACAAAGACAAAAAUCGCAAAACAUCUCCAGACAAAGACAAAGUUCGCAAAACAUAUCUGGACAAAGACAAAGCUCGCAACACAUAUUUCAGACAAAGAUAAAGUUCGCAACACAUCUCCAGACAAAGACAAAGACAAAGCUCGCAACAUAUCUCCAGACGAAGACAAAGUUCGCAAAACAUAUCUAGACAAAGACAAAAAUCGCAAAACAUCUCCAGACAAAGACAAAGCUCGCAACACAUCUCCAGACAAAGGCAAAGUUCGCAAAACAUAUCUAGACAAAGACAAAAAUCGCAAAACAUCUCCAGACAAAGACAAAAAUCGCAAAACAUCUACAGACAAAGACAAGCUCGCAACACAUCUCCAGACAAAGGCAAAGUUCGCAAAACAUCUCUAG